GCGAGUUGAGGAAAAACGUAGCAAUACAAGCCUGGAAUAGAAGCUGAUUUUUCUACCGCAACUUGCGGCAUUUUCAUUCUAAACAUAACCGCAAAGAGGAACGAGCGCUGAGGAAUUAAACGUGAUCCCCUUCUCCUCCCAAAGUGUAUUGAUUUGGCAGGGGAGGGGAAAUCAUGGCGGUUGUGUUUGAGCAAGGAGGCCGUUUGCAGGAGUUUCUGCAUGGGCGUGAAUCGGCAGGUUUAGUUUUUCAUCAGUUGUUCGCACAGCAGGAAGAGCCAAAAGAGAAAAAGCUGAGCCAUGCUAAGAAGAACAAGAAGGAUGGCGGGGAGAAGGCCAAAAGCCCAGACAAAACAAAGAAGGAGGUCAACCCAGACUCCAUCCGCUUCCAGCCCCCCAACAUCGAGCUGCAGGGCAACGCCUCGGCCUUCUGCAUCUACGCCACAGUACGGGAGUACGUGCUGGAAAGAGACACCAUGGAGCGGGAGUUGAUCCUAAUGAGGGCCAACUCGGCCACCGGAAAAGGAGAGGAGUCCGGCUGCGAGGGGGAGGAAGCGGCCAAGACGGAGGACACUCUCCGAUUUCAUGUACCCAAGGUUGUCGGUAUUGGGUUGCGUAGUGUGUUUGUCCUCAUCAGGGAUACCCACAGCUCUUACCCGGUUCUGUGUGCCCGUGCCCUGCAAGCCCUGUUGGAUAUGCUACAGGGGCAGACACCAGAGGGCCUUGCCAGGGAGCCCGAUGACAUGAUUGAUUCCCUGUUUGAGCUGCUACUGGACCUGGCCAUCGACCACCGGCAGGAGGUCCCUGAGACCCACGGCCUGCCCUCCAUCUCCUCCCUGAGCUGUGCGUGCCUCCUCAGCCUCAUCAUCGCCAGCGGCAACACAGGCAAGAUGUUGGCGGGCAUAGCGGCCAUCCUCAUGAGCACAGGCAGGCCCUCCCAGCAAGCUUUCAAGGUUCCUUCUAUUCUGUCAAGUCUACAGCGUAGCGUACAUGCUGUUCUACUUGGCAAAACGCACUUCCCUGAUUGGUUAACAUCUGGCAUUCCCAACCAGUCACAGCUGGACUCAUGGGAGGUGCAAAACAUAGAUAUAGAUGCAUGCUGUGACAGUAACAGUGCAAUAGCCAGCGAUGGUUCUUACUUAUACAUACACACUAACACAGGCCUGUACAAGGCUGGCUCAGGAUACUCAAGCACAAUCAAGGGUCAUAUUUACGCAGCCAACCGUGAGUUCCACCCCCACGAGCGAGGCUGGUUGGCAAUAGCCAGAGGGCAGCUGCUGUACAAGAACGCCGCGCGGGAUCACGGCGGGGCCGGGUGUACGGUGGUCGUAGUGGACGUCGACACCCUGAAGGAGAUGGGGACCAUUGAAAUCCCCAUCCUUGGUGGCACUUCAGCAUCUCUUCUUUUCAGUGAUAGCGAGAGCAUUGGGUGUAUGUCGGCUUUAAAUGAUGACUCCUUUGUGGUUCAAAGCUUCAACCCACAGACCUCACCCAUGUUGAAGAUCGGGGAGUUGCCCGUGAAACUGGCCCGGAAAUCCCUCCUUGCGUAUGGCCCAUGGCCAGCCAGCAGCAACAAGGAACCUCACAUGGAGAAACAAGAGAUCGAAACCGGAGGAAGCAGCGAGUGCAUGUACAUAGCGGCUGGCAAAGAGUUCUCGCUGAUCAGAACCAACUCUGGAAAGGUGCUGUUCACGGGCAAAGCCCAGAGCUUGGGCAUCAAGCAGCCCGGCCAGCCCAGCGCCAAGUGGUCAGAGCUGCCCAUCACCAAGUCACCCAAGAUAGUGCAGUGUAGUGUGGGGCACGACGGCUGCCAUGCAGCCCUGCUAGGGGAGGACGGUAAUGUCUACUUUGCUGGGACGGCCAGGAAGGGCGAGGACGGAGACCAAGUGAAGGGACGUCGACAGCUCAAGCCGUCCAAACCCAAGAAGAUGCUUAAGAUGGAUGGCAAGACGGCGGUAUACGUGGCCUGCAAUAACGGCAGCACAGCAGUAGUCACUAAAGAAGGGGAGCUGUACAUGUUUGGCAAAGAUACACACAACACUGACAGCAGCACAGGAUUGGUUGGCGACCUCAAGAAUGUGAAAGUCACGCAGGUGGCACUGGGCAAGGCCCAUGCCUGCAUCUUAACCAGUGGCGGCACGAUCUACACGGCCGGCAUCAACAACAAGGGCCAGUGUGGCCGGGGACCAGCCCUGGGGCCAGGUGCCGGUAAGGACGGGAAGAAUGCCAACAAUGUGGCCCAGAAGGAAGGCACCGCAGUCAGCCCGGAUGAGGUGUGCGGGAACAGUGGGGGUGAUGGGGCCAGUGCCUCAUCUGCCGCUGUCCAGCUCAUGAGAACGCUCAUUGCAGAAGGCGAGGCAGCGGGUGACAUCUUGGCCCCUGGGGUCGAGGAGGACCUGGAGGAGGAAGAGAGGGAAGAGGAGCAGUGUGACCAUGAAUGGAAGGUGGGCCAGUGCAUGAUAUGCUCCCUGUGUGGCCUCUGCACGGGCUACGGAGACUCCUGCGUCAACACCUACCAGCCUGGAAGGAAUCCUGGAAUGGUUUGCGGUUGUGGGUCAGGCGACUCCGGUUGCGCCAAGUGUGGCUGCUGCAAGGUGUGCGCCGGAGAGGCCCAGGAGCGACGCGUUGGCGUGGGCCUGCUGGCAGCUGGCCAAGGUGCGGCUGCUGGCCUCCAGCAGGUUGCUGCUGGUGCUGGUGGUGGGGGUGGUGGUAUCCCUGCCAUACCCGGUGCCGGUGGUGCUGCUGGGGCCGGCGGCGGAGGAGGGAACUUCUACAGCGCCCUGGUGGAGCACAGCAACAUCCUGCAGCACCGGCUGCUGGCCCAGCUACGGUACGGGAUGAACCGACAGCAGGAUGGCAAGCACCGUCGGGUGGGGUUCAUUAUGAGCCAGGACAAAGGCAAAGAUGAGGGCAGCACCAGUGGUGAUGACAGGGACUUGGAGAGGGACUAUGGUCAACAUGUCAUCCAUCCACCAGGCCCUGUGACCUUAGCUUUGCCAGCUACCCAGGUGGCCUGUGGUCUUCACCACACAGUGGUGCUUCUGAAGAAUGGUGAGGUGUAUGGCUUUGGGCUUGGCAACCAUGGUCAGUUAGGGCAAGGAGAUUCUGCCAGCAGGACUGCACCUGUGCAGCUACAGGUGCCAGAGACCGUCAUCCAGGUAGCAGCUGGCAGCAAUCACACGGUGCUACUGGGAGUGUCCGGCAAUGUUUACACCUGCGGCAACUUCCAGAAAGGACAACUUUGCCGAGCCAUCCUGGAGGAAUCCAACGCUCCGGGGGCUGUGUCGCACUCCAGGCCGGGCCCUGUGCCAGACAUGGGACCACAGUAUGGCCGUAAGGCCACCUGGGUAGGGGCCAGCGGGGACCAGACCUUCAUCAAGGUGGACGAGGCUCUCAUCAACCCCAGGAUGCUGGAGAACUCUCUGGUGUUUGCCAACCAGAGUGUCAUUGGUGUGGUGCCGCGUAAUGGCACUGCUGGUGUGCGUUGCCUGAUGCUGAGUCGGUUAGAUGGGACCUGCCAUAGCUACACAGAGCAGGACACAUCUUUCAGUUAUGAAGACACCAGCGUGUGUCUGGAUCCCUUGUAUAAUGUACUGUGGUGCUUCUCUCCGACCGGCAGCCGUGUCGCCUGCCACAGCGUUCUCAAACCCGGUGUGCGGCUCCUCCCCAGCCUACCUCCCUCGGCCUCCGUCCUAGGCCCCGAGCUUGCCCUGCCCACUGCGGCAGCCAGCGCCAUUCCCCCUGCUCUCCCUGUCUCUCGCUCCCACUGCGCCCUGCACAUGCUGGCCUGCUUGGAUACGCUGACGGCGGCCCAGGAGGCCCAGCUGACUGUGGUAGCCGCCCAGGCUGAGCGCCAGUGCGUGGCCAAGGUCUAUUCCAAGGAGGACUUCAACAGCGUCAACAGGUUUGAAGGUUAUGGUGGUGGAUGGGGCUACUCAGGCCAUUCGGUUGAAGCUCUACGAUUCUGUGUGGAUGCUGAUAUCUUACUUGGAGGGCUUGGGCUGUUUGGAGGACGCGGUGAAUACAAUGCUAAGAUUAAGCUUUAUGAGCUAGGGGCCAAGGGGGUGGAGUACGAGCCUGAUGGAGAACUACUUGCCGAGAGUGAUGACAUCACCUUCGAGUGUGGGGCCAGGGAGAAGUUUCCAAUCCUGUUUGAUGAGCCAGUCCCUCUGACCACAGGAUGUUGGUAUGUUGCCUGGGCCAGGGUCAACGGCCCCAGCAGUGACUGUGGGUCCGGUGGCCAGACGUCCAUCACCACAGAUGACCAAGUGACGUUCCAAUUCAUGAGUUCCAAGAAGUCUAACAAUGGAACAGACAUCAAUGCUGGACAGAUCCCACAGUUGUUGUACAGGUUACCCCAGCCUGAUGUGAGUUCGUCAGGUGGGUUGUCGUCCCAGACGGAACCUGUGCACAUCCUCACACCCAGGUUCAGCAACACAGUCAACUCGGAGGUGUUCAAGUCCCUCCUUCGCCUGCUGGAUUGGAGCUGGAACAAGCUGGCAGAGGGCAUCUUGCUGGCUCUCAAGCAAGGAGGCAAGAGGCUGCUGGACUUCGCCCUUGACCUGGAGAGACUCAUGUACAUAGCCACUGCUUGCCUGCGACUGCUGCGCAGCUACGUCUGCGAGAUUUAUCCGAGCCCUUCUGCCGUCACGAAAAAGCACCCGACAGAGAACGGCCAGCUGGCUGAGUCCAUUGCUGCCUGCUGCGACCUGCUGCGGGUCAUCCUGUCUGAUUCCACCCAGCCCGCCGUCCAACACCUAAUGAACCGCACCACGGCAGCGGCGGCGGCGGCAGCAGCAACGAUGGCCAUGGCUGAGACGCAGCGCCUGCGGGCGCUGUGGGACAACAUCCUGGCCGAGUGCCACAGGACAUUGGUUGCCUGCUUCCAUGCUUUCUACCCAUCGGCCCAGCUCAAGUGGCUGGUCUUGUGCGAGCUGCUAGGCUCCAUGAGCACUCAAGCGGAGCAGACAGAAUCCAACGGUAACCUGCUAGCGGCAGUGCUGGAGGCCCUGUGUCACCCUUCGGUGCGCCUGUCCAGCGUCCUGCCCAUCCUGAGGGACAAGGAGCGGGACGGCGAGGCCGGCCCCCCGCUGACCAAGCAGUGCUCCAUGGAGGACGCCUCCCCGACCCUGGCUGCCACCGCCACCGCUGCGACAGCAGCAGCAGCAGCGACGGCAGCUGCCGCCGAAGUGAGUUCAAACUCUAUGGAGCUUGUGGCUCUCAUGGAAGAACGCAUACAGAUGGAAGGAGGGAAGGUCAGCCCCAACUUCCAUGAAAUCUUGGAUAGACUUCUGAACAUUCUCAUCAGCCCGGUGCAGCAAGCACUGAGCAAGAAACAGUCCACCUGUUACCCGUUGCUAGUCUCCAAUACCAGCCGUCUUCUUGCCUGUGUCAUUGCAGAGCUGUCAGCAGCUGCCAUCUCAUCAGAUGGUGAGAGCCAAGCUACGGGGCGUCCCCUCUUCAACACCCCUUCCCGUUACACCCGGGUCAGCCAGGGGCGUGGUUGGAGCACGGGCAACGGCACUCCGGACGCCGUGUGCUUUAGCGUGGACAAGCCAGGUGUCCUGAUUGCUGGGUUCUGCGUCUACGGAGGAGGGGGACACUAUAACUAUGAGUUGGAACUCCUGGAUGGGAGUGAGACAGGUGCCGACGGCCACAGCCAUCGCUGGAACUCACUGGAGUUGGUCAAGGGUUCUUACGGCCCCAGCGAGCUGGUCAAUGAUGUGGCCGAGAUCAAGUUUGACAGACCCGUGCCAAUAAAGGAGGGGGUGAAGUAUGCAGUGAGACUUAGAAAUCACGGCAACCGAACGGUCAACGGUGACGGGGGCACGACCCAUGUCAAAUGCCCCGACGGAGUGGUGUUCACUUUCAGCUCCUGCCCCCUGAGCAGUAACGGCACCAGCCAGACACGGGGCCAACUCCCCCAGCUUCUCUACUACAAUACUGCAGCCGACACUGAGCACACUCAGACGGAGUCCCGCUCCAUGGUCCUAGAGCGGCAGGCGAGGAAGAGCGCUCUGUCCAUCACUAGCAUCAUUAUCAAGGCUGCGACUGAACUCCUACACCAAGCACAGGAAUUGCAAGAUGCAGACUUGUCAGAGAUCCUUGGCUCAGCUCAUCUCUUUAACAGCUUGUUACCCCUUGUCUUGGCCCAUAUUGGGCCGGUGGCCGUGUCAGAUCCCAAGAGUGCUGUACAGAUCUUGGACUUGAUCCAGGAGCUCCUCCCCCCAGUCGCAGCCAUCAAUCUCCAGUAUGCCCCGCCCACUGUCCCCACCUCGGGCAUGGCCAGCCACGGCGCCAUGGACAGCGCAGCCAGCCAACCCGGAGAGGCCGGGGUGGGAGUUACGACAUCGUCUCACUAUGCGGUGGUGGAGAGUGAUCAUCCGUACAAGGCUGCCACCGUGGCCAACUAUAAGGUUACAUUCCCGGAGCAUGUGCAGUGGAUGCUGCUGGAAUUUGACCCCUUGUGUGGUACGGCCCAGCCCGAGGACGGCCUGCAGCUCUACAUCCCCGCCAGGGGCAUAGCCCCAGCCAGCAAGGGGGCUACUCCUGCUGUCACCUCCUCAACGACUGCAACUGCUGCGGUGACAGUUAAGAGGACCGCUGGGGAGGACUCCACUGAGGAACUGCAGCAGACUCACUGGCCGGUGCUGAGCCGAUUCCACGGUGGCAGCAACUGGCCCACGUCCGCGGUCAUCCUUCCAGGUAAUGAGGUUACAUUCUCCUUAGAGACUGCAUCAGAUUACAUGAAGGAUGAGAAGGCCAGUACCUACGGCUUCAAGUGUGCCAUCGUGGGCUAUGAGUGGUCAGCUACUGAAGAGGGUCUGGUGCAGCUGGAGAAGGAAUUAGCCUACCUGGGCGGCAUGUGCGCUGGAUCUCUGCUCAGGAAGGAUAUCGUCCUGCCUCCUGUGCUAGGGGAGGACGGGGAGGAAGAGAUUGAGCCCAUCGCGGAGGUAGCUCAGCAGGUAUUUGGUGCUCAUUCAGGGCUGCUUGGCAAAGGCUUUGCACUGUCCAACCCACCUAGCAUCCAUCAGGCACUAGAGGGCAGCCUGCCUCUCAGCACGCAAUCCAACGAGAGGGCGUUUCUGAAGGACUUUGUGCAGUGCACGCAUGGAACGAGCGGUGGGCGACUAGCCAGAUGGAUGCAGCCAGAGUCUUACGUAGACCCCCGACAGUGUGAUAUCGUGUUCCAGCGUGACGACAUCCGCUGCAGUAUGCCUACCAUCGUCACCAUCAUGAGCCGGGACCAGUACGGUAGCCUGGUCUACGUGCCCAAUCUCAAGAUCGAUGUUGAGGCCGUACCUCUGGGAAAACGGGAGAGAACCUACCACGGUGCCAAACUCUUCAAGUCCACACCUCCGGGCGAGAAGGACUUGACCUUUGGCGGCCACCCUCCACCCAAGCUGGACGUGUCAUAUGAGGCUACAAUACGCAAGGACAGCAUGGCUUACAACUCCAUCACCAUGAUGAAGGAGUAUGAGCUCUACUCGUUUGAAGAGUUGCGAUACGCAUCUCUUCCUGUUACGAGACCUCAUGAGAGCAUGCUGGUGCGAGACAACAACGACGGUAGCUACAGUGGGAACUGGACACCAGGCUCUAUGGGCAUGUAUGCCAUACAUGUCACCAUCGAUGGGUACCAGCUAGACGAAGUCCCACAGAUUGAGGUCAGUGAGCCUCCACAGGGGGUGCUGCCACCAAAUCCAACACCCAAGAAGACUGUGCAACCUACCAGCAAGGUGCGCAAGUACGUGAUGAAGCACAGUCGAGGCCUUCGAAUCAGGAGCAGUCCAUCGCUGCACAGUGAAGAGAUUGGCAUUGUAGAGGUCAAUGGGGUCAUUACCUUCAUUGACGAGGUUCACAAUGAGGAUGGAGUGUGGGUUCGCCUCAACCCAGAGACCAUCGAGAAAUACUGCAGGAGCAACGGCCACCGGGAAGGCUGGUGUCUGCAGUACAACCAGCACAUCGGCAAGACCAUGCUUGUCCCAGUCGAGGAACCCAAGUCAAUAUACGAUGACAAAUCGAAGGAAAACAAAGGCACGCUGACGUCGUCUCUGGUCCCAGUCACAACAGGAGCUGCAGCAAUGCCUUCAGGAGCGAUGGCAGCAGCCACAGCGGCAGUGGGAGGAUCCUCUAAGGCCAAAGUACCCUCCAGGGUGCCGGCCAGGCCGGCCACGGGCGGGCCGGGUAUGUACCAGGUGACUAACUGCGGGGCCUCGGGCCACAACAUCAGGUGCCGGGCUAGCAUCAAGGCCACACCCAUUGGCAUGAUGGUGCUGGGUAACCAGGUCAGCGUUACGCAGGAGAUGGCACAACCCGAUGGCUCUGUCUGGGUCAAAUUGGACAAGGAGAGCAUGGCCCACUACUGCGAGAACACGGAGGGGGAGGCGUGGUCGCUGGCCCAGGGGAAAGGGCUGAUGUACCUCAUCCACGAGGCUGACCUGACCUCGGCUGAGAGGGAGCAGGCCCGCAAGUCCACUCGGCCGUUCCUGUUCUUUGGGGACAACGGCAAGCACAGCAGCAAGGCAUCAGCAGGCUUCGACUUCAGGAAUGCCCAGGCCACACCGGCGAUGGGUUUUGCCCCCACAAAUCUAACUCCAUUCAUGUUUGGGGCUUCCAAGCCCCGACCUGCAUCCGACCAGAAUGGAGAGGAGGAGCAGGGAGGGGCAGCUGAUAAAGGCUCCAAGAUGAGCCAGUCCAUCACCGAGACCUCCAAGCACAAAUCAGCCGGCACUUCCGGUAAUGGAGCUUUGGGCAUGGCCAAUGGCUUUGCCGGCAACGGAAUUGACCCCCUUGAAGAGUUUGAAGCCAGUGGGGAGGCUGGUCCCAGCCCCCCACACCACGCUGAUGUACUUGGACCAUCAGCUGGAGGGGCAGCUGCCUCUGCUGUUGCGGGGCACCAGGCAAGCUUCACACGGACUGGCAUUGAUUUAGAAACAAGGGCUGAAGAGUUGUCUCUGUUUCGAAGCUCAAAUCAUAGGGACACCAUAAAUUCCAAUGGCUUGCCCGAGCGAAAGGCUUCUCUUGGAGGGGAUGUCCCGUCACCUUUCAAAGUUGACUCAGGAAUGCAGCACCUGAAGGAUCCACCUUCUGGUUCCGAGGUCAGGGUAUUGGGAGGCAGCCCACAGCGGACUUCGAAAGGACACUUCUCCAUAGGUGUGGGCGACGGGCAGGCUUCACCAAAGAGUGGCAUGUCGCCUAAACAGGGACGGAAAUCACGGACUGCAUUUGGAAGGCGGGAUCGCACGGCAUCCCCAUCAGCAAAGGACAGGUCGCCAGCGCGACUCAAAUCCAGCAUCAUCAAGACGGAGAUCAAGGAGAAUGCACAGUCGGCCGUUGCGACUUCUGUUGCGGAGUGUGCCAGGUGUGUGUUUGCCGCCUUCCUGUGGCAUGAAGGACUAGUCCAUGAUGCCAUGGCCUGUGCCUCAUUCCUUAAGUUCAACCCGCAUCUUGGCAAACAGACUUGCCAGCAACAGAUGGACAUCCAGCAAGAGAAUAAACUCAAGAACAGGCACUCCAUGGACUUUUCCAAAAGUCUUAACGAUGGAACAUUCUUCUCUGAGGCCAAGAGUUCUGGUCGGGAUAUCUUGAACCAAAAUGAAGCCGAGCUAACCAACUUUUCGAGUUCCUUGUUGCAUUUGAGUGAAAAGAAAGAACCUGUGCAGGAUGCUGUGAACGCCCCGACGGAAGAGAGCAUCGUGUCCACUCCAGCGAUGCAGCACCUUGCUGAGAAGUUGGCCAGGGCUUCCCCCUCGUCCUCACCGAAGCAUCACCUCAAAGGCUCGGCCUCCCCUGGCCCAAAGGUCAGGAAGCAGCAGGGCACAGUACUACUCAGGGGGGACAGCAGUGGUUCAUCGAGCGACACCGAGUUGAGAGAGAGAGCCUCAAGCACAGGCUCGGACUCGGCCAACCAGAAGAAUGCCAUACGGGACUCGGAGACCCUAAGACCUUCCAAGGAAUCGCAGCUGCCAUCUGCAUUGCCCGUCACCCUGAAGCACCUGCUAUCCUUCUGGGAGGAGUUGACCCAGGCCACAAUCAACAUCGCCUCCCAACAGCUCAUCCUCCCUAGCCCUGCCCCGAUAACCAAAUCCCGGAGCCGAACAGAGCACAAAAUCCGUGAGAAGGAGAAGGAAGUCAAGAGCAAGAAGCGACGGGACAAGUCGCUUCGCGGUGGAGGUGGGAACCUCUUUGGGGAAGCAGCUGGCAUCCCUGUUGGUGGUGGUGACCGAGAAACUGUCUGCGAUCUCUGCCAUGGUGUCUUCCCUGACCCGGUGACGUACCACAUGCGGAAGGCCCACCCUGGGUGCCGGCGGCAUGCUGGUGGGCAGGGCUACAACAGCAGUGGGCACUACUGUGGUGGAUGGGCUGGAAACUGUGGCGAUGGCGGCUAUGGGGGAAACAGCUGGUACCUCAUGUGUGAGCGAUGCCGAGAGAACUACAUCCGGGAGCGGCAGGACAAGCUCAAGGAGAAGGUCAAGAAGCAGCGGAAGAAGCUCCCGCCGUUGAAGACCCCAAAGAUGCUGCCCCCACUGGAGGCCCACCAUGUCAUGAAGGCCAAUGCCAUGUUCCUCCUUGACCUGGCCAGUGCGGCCGGCCCAACCUUCCCCGGGACAAGCCCCAUGAGGAAGUCCACCCGCUUCGACCUGCCCAUCUUAAGUGAGACGGAGGCCCUCAGUGCCCAAUUCCCACCAGUGCCCUUCCAGUUUGUCAAGCUGGUGAGGCAGGGGUCUGUCGCAGAGUGCCUGCCCCUGCCGAUUGAGGAGCGUUCGGUCCACAUGAUCCCGAGGGCCGAAAGUGAUGUUUCACUACCCCUUGUCAAGUCGGCCUCUGUGGAUAGCAAAAGAUUGGAUGAAGGCAUGGACAACUCCAAGCGAGUGGCCUACUUCCGCUCCAUCUCCAUGACCAGUCAGCUUGGGGCCCAGGGGGAGCCCAAGUCCAAGACCAGAAGGCGUAAUAACAGCAGUAGUUCAUCAGAAGACGGCUCCUCGUUGCUUCGUCGGCCCUCCUCCCUACUAGCCAAGCUAAUAGAGGGCGGUAGCAAAGGAUGUCGUGCACUGCAUCGUCCCGUCAUGUCCUUCAUCGUCCAGCGCCAUGACCUGGAGGGCCUGCAGCUAGCCAUGAAGCAAGCGCUGCGCAAGGCAUCAUGCAGGGUUUACGCGUUACAGGCGUUGAAUUGGCUCCUGCGCAGUGUAACGCAGCUGACCAGCUUGCAUGACCUCCUGUGGCACUAUGUGUGCGCACUGACUCCGCUCAGCCCCGAGAAGGAAGACGAGACGGAGGUAGCAGCCUCGGGGGCUGACAAAGGCAAGGGGAAGGAAAAGAAAGAGAAGAAGCAGUCAGAUCAGCAGCAAGACGUUGACGGCCUGAUGUGCGAGCACCCUCUGUCAGACAUCACCGUGGCCGGUGAAGCGGUGCACCCUCUGCCCACUGCCUUUCACACCCUCCUGCAGACGGUGGCCGACAUGAUGCUGCUCUUGCCCCAGGGCAGUGCCCUGCAGCAGGCCGCCAUGCGCUGCUGGUGCCUGCGCUUCAGGCCGGCUGACCACGUCUUCCUGCACCACUCCCAUGUCUUCAGCAACAUCAACCAGAUCCUGUCGCGCUCGGAUGGCCAGGAAGGGGAAGGGGAGGAGAGUGUGUCCUCUAGCAGCGACUCGCUGCCCGCCAGCCUGAACACCGCCAAAGUGGAGCUGCUGCGAGACGUGACCAAUGCCACCGAGCUACAGGUGUCCAGCCGAGCCGCCAUGCUGCCCAGCCUGACUGACGGCUCCACUGAAACCUUCUGGGAGUCCGGGGACGAGGAUAGGAACCGGACCAAGUCCAUCACCAUCACCUGCAAUGACAGUCUGGUGCCCAGGAUGGUGGCCGUGCAUGUGGACAACUCCAGGGAUUUAGGGAACAAGGUCACCGCCAUGACCUUCUUCACUGGCACCCAUCCGGACGCCCUCCAGCGCACCCUCAACUCCAACAUGGAGGCCCGGCAUGUGGGCUGGGUGACCUGUGACCUGGACCGCUGCCCCGAGCGGCCGAAGGUGGUCAAGGUGGAGCUGAAAGGGCCCGACAGUCACCUGCGGGUCCGGCAGGUCAAGGUGCUAGGCCAGAACGAAGGCGAGAACCUCAGCACGGGCCCCCAGCAGUCAGCUCAGGCCCUGCAGCAGAAGAACUGCGAGGCAGAGACGCUGCGAGUCUUCAGGCUACUGACGUCCCAGGUCUUUGGCAAGCUGCUCAGCGACGAGGAGUCCGGAGAUGACAGGAUGGAGGAGAACGGCGAGAAACAAGACGACAAUAGCUCGGAUAUUGGUGAUCCAGAUCUCAGGGAACAUAUGGUAGGCAUUCUCUUCAGCAGAAGUAAGCUUACCAAUCUACAGAAACAGGUCUGCUCCCACAUUGUGCAAGCCAUCCGCAAGGAGACGGCCAAGAUGCGGGAGGAGUGGGAGGCCAGUCUUGCCAGCAGCAAGACCGCCGCGUCAGCAUCAAUAGGGGCGGCAGCAGGAGCAGCAGCUGCAGCUGCAGCAGCCACUGCUGUCCUGCUCAGCCCUGGUGAGCGGGAGGACCGGCCCCAGACCUCCUUCUUGUCGGCCGCCGACGCCUACUGCUUCGAGCUGCUGUCCAUGGUGCUGGCGCUGAGUGGAUCCAGCGUGGGGCGGGUCUACGUGGCGCAGCAGGCAGCACUGCUUCAGGACCUGCUGGCGCUGCUGCACACCGGCACCCCCAGGGUUCAGAGACAGGUUACCUCCAUCAUACGUCGCCUCUUGCCUGAGAUCCCCCCGGCCCACUUUGCCAAGCUGACGGGUGUCACGGCCCUGCCCCCGGCCGACCUCAGCAUCCUGACCCAGUCCACGGGUGACAAGCCAACGGAGCCCUUCACAGAGGAAGGGACGGUGGGCAUCCUGGAUAUCUUCCUGGCCUGCAUUGCCAAGACCCUGACAGUCCAGACCAAGGUCAAGGGGGCGGCGGGGGGACAGAUCCCGGGGCUGUCCAGCAGCAGCAGUAGCGGCGGGGUCAGUGGUGGGAGCAGCAGCGCCAAGGGCACCCAUUCCCUAACCCUCUCCAGGCUGCAGCAGCAGCUCGCGGCUGCUUCAACAGCCAUCGAGGAGAGCCCCUCUAAGAGAUCCAGCAAGGGUCGGUGGUGGAUGAGAGGCAGCAUGUCGCUCAACAUCGCGGAGAGGGUGAUUGGGCUGAUCAAAGACAUGUCAGUGGGCAAACUCUCAGAGGCAUGGGCUACAGUGACUAAGGGAGCCAUAGCUGAGGCAGUGCUGUCAUUGACUAAGCUGGACGAGACUAGGAGGCAGCCAGCGGAAUGCAUCAAGACGCACACGUUGUGGCUGUCGUUGGCGUCCUUGUGCGUCUUGGAGACGGAGCAUGUUGAGAGGCUUUCGUCCAGCCAGUGGGGUCACAGCAAGGAGGCAGGGGCAAUUAAGCAAAAGCCGACCUGUGAUAACCACGACGAUGGGGAGACCCCAGCCAUCAUCCUUUGCAAUGAGUGUGGCAACCUCUGUGCGGAGUGUGACAAGAUCCUGCACCUGCAUCGCAGAACCAGAUCACAUCAGCGUAAGGUCUUCAAGGAGGAGGAAGAGGCCAUCAAGGUGGACCUUCACGAGGGAUGUGGUCGUAGCAAGCUCUUCUGGGUCAUGACCCUGGCGGACUCCAAGACACUCAAGGCCAUGGUGGAGUUCAAAGAGGCUGCCUCAGGAAAUGCAGCGAGUGCAGCGGCGGCUGGCAGUGCUGUGGGAACCUGCCGCUUUUGUGGUGCACUGGCCACUAGUGGCUUGCUGGCAGUGGGAAGUGUCUGCGAUGAUCCGGACUGCCAGCGGCACGUCCGGAGUGCCUGCUCCAAGACCCUGCCCUGCGGCCACCUGUGCGGAGGAGUGAGCGAUGAGGAGUCUUGCCUGCCGUGCCUGCACGGCUGUAGCCGGGACCCCACCCUCAAGCAGGAUGCUGACGACAUGUGCAUGAUCUGCUUCACCGAGGCUUUGGCAUGUGCCCCUGCUAUACAGCUGGAAUGCGGCCACGUUUUCCACAAGCACUGCUGCCGAAAUGUCCUGGAGAGACAGUGGGUGGGACCGCGGAUCACAUUUGGCUUCUCCCUGUGCCCCAUCUGCAAGGCUGACAUGAAGCACAAGGUCCUCCAAGAUGUCCUGGCCCCCAUCGUUGACCUCCAGGCCGAUGUCAGACGUAAAGCCCUGAUGAGAAUGGAGUAUGAGGGACUGAACAACUGUGAGGCCAUCACCACACCAGGAGCCCGCUUCUACAAUGACCCCGCUGGCUUUGCCAUGAACAGAUAUGCGUACUACGUCUGCUACAAGUGCAAAAAGGCUUACUAUGGAGGUGAAGCUCGUUGUGACCAGGACCUUGGGGUGCAAGGUGAUUAUGACCCCACGGAGUUGGUGUGCGGAGCAUGCUCAGACGUGUCCAGGGCUCAGAUGUGCCCCAAACAUGGGACCGAUUUCCUUGAAUACAAGUGCCGUUACUGCUGCUCUGUGGCCGUGUUCUUCUGCUUCGGCCGGACGCACUUCUGCAAUGCUUGCCACGAUGACUUCCAGAGGAUCACCAGCAUCCCCAAGCCUGAUCUGCCCCACUGCCCGGCAGGUCCCAGGGCCAAGCAGCUUGAAGGCGAUGAGUGCCCGCUUCACGUGGAGCACCCAGUGACAGGAGAAGAGUUCGCACUCGGCUGUGGGGUUUGUCGCAAUGCCCACACCUUCUGAAUGUCCCUCCCCACAGCCAUGGUGUGCAGGAUGGCUCACUAUACGGACACAGAGGAUGCAUCGCUCCCAACCAUACAGGGGAUUGAAUGGCAACUGUACGUCCAGAAAAGCUUUCCAAUUCUUGUCCUGUUGAGCGCAAACUGAAAGGGCGGGUUAAAAUCAAGCUCUGAUGACAAAAGUGCUUUGUUCCUUGGCUUGGAUUCCUAGAAGGAGGGAUCAAAUUCAGCCUGGCACACUCGCUGCUGUGUCCACGAGCAAGGCCGCUUGCCACAAUUGCACCUUCUGUCUGUCAUCAACGAGUGGAUGGGUACUUGUGAGUUAAAGGUUUGGGUUGACUCUGACACAGAGCCUGCUUGUAAAAAAGAACCAUAUAUAAAAAAAUGCUGCUACCCAACCAUUUAUGCUUCCUGGAGGUUUGAGGAAGUUUUUUGCAAAGCGGUAAUUUGAUCAGCAAACAGGAAAGUAAUAAAUGCUUUAAGAUGGCUGUAAAACUGCUGCAGAAAUAUCAUCAUUUUAUUAUUCAUCCUAACUUUAGAGAAUUGUACAUUUAAGGAAACAGUAUUUCUUAGCAAAACUGUUCAACAUGCUUGACAAUGUCCAACUUGCUUUGACGAAUUGGUAUGUGGGUGUUAUUCAUUAACCCCUGAGACAGUACAACUCCAGGCUUCCCAAGAGGUGUACCCAGCUGUGAGCAACAAAAGUAUUACCAGACUAUGGUGUGAGUGGUAGACUGUAGCAUAGUCUCCAAACCCUGUACUGUUUGGGUCGCAUGAGUCUAGCAGAAUUGCCGGGGAUUAGCUAAUUCUGAAGAAGUCCAGUUGUGUUUCAUUUUAAAUUCAAAUUGCCCAAAAUGAAAAAUGAAAAGAAAAAAAAAGGAAAAGACUUAGAAGAAA